CCGUCUAAUAAUUUAUUUCCUAGCAGUACGUCCUCCAUCUUUGGCCUGGAUACCAAGCUUGUCAUCCGGGAGUUCAUGUGUGACGUAAAGGCCUUUGGGAUAGUAUGCUUCACCUGCUUCACACUCGCUCAGUUUGAACGGAAGGUUUUGUUUGGAUUUCUUUUGGAGUACUUGCAUUUCGCUUCCAAAUGACGCGAGUUUACGUCGGAAAUCUGGGAAAUAAGGGUUCCAGGCGGGAACUCGAACGUGAGUUUGAGAGAUACGGGCCUCUUCGCGACGUAUGGGUCGCUCGAAAUCCUCCAGGCUUUGCUUUCAUUCUGUAUGAAGACUCACGGGAUGCUGACGACGCGAUCCGUGAAAUGGAUGGAAAGUUAGUAUGCGGAGAACGGAUUCGUGUAGAACUUGCUCGAGGUCCUAGUCGUGGCGGAAGAGCUGCUCGGCUUGGACUGACGGAGAAAUGCUUUGAUUGUGGAAGGGUUGGACAUUACGCUCGGGUUUGUACACGUCGACCGCCCGGCGGAAGUCGAGACCGCGAUCGAGAGCGGCGGCGCUCCAGAUCACGCAGUCCACGGUAAGUUAAUACCCACAAGAGGUUGUUCGUUCAUCCAUGAAGUAAUCGAAAUCUUUAGACCUGUAUUCACGUAUAAAGUGGAACUUAAGAGUAACUUCUAUGCUGAAGCAAAGGCAACCAUAGGCAAGCUAAGUGAGCUGAUUUCAUUUUCAAUCUUUGAUCGACGUACAUUUUAUUUUUCUCCGAACGUAGAACUGAUUUCGAGAAAGUCUCAGGUCAAAGGCCUAUUCUUUUCGAUCAGAGUCCCUCGAAGCAACCCAAAGUUUAGUGUACCCAAAGAUUUAAGCUUUUUUUCAUUAAAUCAUCUGUAUCACAUAUCAAAAUAUUUGUAGAUAGCAUGUGACAAGUUGGAAAUAUCUCCCACAAGACACUGUUAACUAAUAAUACAGAGUUUUGUUGUUUCAUAUAUCAGGAUUAUGUAAAUAUUGCGUCAGUUGUGAAAUCAACUGGCAUGCGGUGUGCGUCGCCUACACCUUCAGAGGUGAUUCUACCCACCCUGAGUGUGCUUCUUCUACUCUACUCUCCCCUGCGGCAUCUACGAGCGUCAUGCGUUCAACCAUCUUCUCCGACUGCAAGCUUUAUGCUUUUAGCCUCUACCCACGAGCGUGCAGGUUUAAACAAAUCACUUCCCUUGUGACAAACUUAGUGCGCACUUCACAGCGUCACUUCUGUUACUUUUGUCAGUGAGUAAGUACAAACUUUUCCACAGUAGCGUGUUUCAUGCAUCUCAGUCUUAUUACAGAUGGGCAAAGGAAAAAUGCUGAGAAAUGCAAAUUGUCUAAGAUCUGUAGUCUAAGCAAUGGAUAACAGUUUAAAAUUAAUUUGGUUUCUUAAUACUUAACCUUUUGACCUCUAAGACUGACUAGCAUUUAAUUUCUCCUCACAAUAUCACCCCUGAAUCAAACAUUAAGGUCAGGAGAAUAAUGGAAUUGAUCAGCCAACUAAAGGAGCUCUUGAAGUAAGACAAACUCUCCUGUUCAGCACAUUAGAAAAUGUUUAGAGAAAAGCAAAGAGAUUAUUUAUAAUGAUGUGAGGGUGAAAAGUGGAGAGGUAAUUCAUGUGAUACUGAUGCCUUCCAGGAACAGAGGCUUAACUCACUAAUGCAGUUGUGUUUACUGAUCCCUUUGUUUUUCAUUUUAAAUGCAACUACCGGUAGUCAUGUUAAUUGCCUGUGCUUGCAACGGGGUAUUUAAUUGUGUGUUAAGAGUUUGCCAAAAGAUUCAGACUGCAGGGUCCAAAACUAACUUUUCCAUGUGAGUGCCUAGUAGCCAUUAAACUUCUCUGUUUUGAUUGCCAGACGGAACAAUUUGGUAGCCAAAAAAGUCAUUUUUGCGAAAUUUUCACCUUCCAGCUCCAACAAACAUUUAAAGUUUCCCAAAUUUUCCUUAUUGACCUAAAAUAAUUUUUAGUCAUGAAUGAGGGGUUGUCAGUUGAGUGUAUAAAAGCACAGUAAGAUAAAAUGGCAAAUGUGUUAUUUCUUGACAUUUGUUUGCAUGAUGCCUGCUGGCAUCAAGCAUUGAAAUUCUAGUUGUGUAUAACCAAUUUUCAGUCACAUUGGUGAUCAUUUAAUUGCAAUUUCUGACCCUGUCUCUCACAAUAAAAGAAACACAAAAUAAUAAUUUUAUAAACUGUUAAUUAGAUUGUGUGAUCCUUUGCCUUCUGUCAGCUGUCGUCUCUGACAUGUUUAUUUUAACUACUGAUGUUUCGACUUUGAUAAAUGUGAUGGUUUAAAGGUAGUCUUCAGCUUUAAUUUUUUUUUAAACCUUACAGAUUAAAAUUCAAUACUUGUGAAAGUUUAGACUUAAUGUUAAUUACCUGUUUGUGGUCAUAAAAUUUGAUGCCAAUGUAUGGCUGUAAAGUAAAGAUGAGAUUCAUUCACGAAUCAUUUCCUUUAAAAUGUAAACUGAUUAUUCUACCAUUGAAUUGUAGAUGAAGCAACCUUUUUUCUGUAAUGUGUUUCUUUUUGGCUAAUAAUUAGGGCAAACUAACCACCUAAACAUACAGGUGAUUGUAAGUUUUUAAAAUAUUCUCUUGAGCUUAAAAUAGAACUAUGAAAAAAGCAGGAAUUUUCUUGUGUUGUUGGAGUUGUUCCAAAAUAAAAUACAUUGAAAUUUUGGUAAAUGAAUGAGAAAAAAUAUUUUUCCUCCCUAAAAUGACAUUUUUGGCAUAAGAUGAAGUAUUAAAGGUUUUAUUAAUGCAAGAAAUGUCGAUUCUUUCCUGGGAUAUGAGGUGUUUUUUCAGUUGUAAUAUGCUGUAAGUAAGAGGAAUAAAUGAAAAAACCUCUCUUUUUCUAGAUUAGACUAAAUCUGGAAUUAUCUGAAAAAAUUUGAGACCUAGGAAUAACCCUAGCUUAGAGCAAUUUUUUUUUUCUUUCAUGUUGUAAAUAUUUCUGGUUUUCAGUGACCUUUCAUUUAUUUGUCUCCGGAAGCUCAUUUUUUUAAAAAUCUGUUUUCUUUGGAAAAUAAUCAAUUGAAUGUUGAACUAAUUACAUUGCAAUUUAAUUCUUUAGAUCCCGUUCCCGUUCUCGUUCACCCAAACGAAGACGCAGUCACAGUCCAUCUCAGUCUCCAAGGUUAGAUAAGUUUGUGAAGUAGAAAGCACUGUAGACCUUUCAAAGGUUGUGUUCAUUGCAACACCUCAACAUUGCCAAGAAAUUUAAUUUUACAUUCUUGUAAAAUAAAGCAAUAUUGGUUCAUACCAUAAUGCUUUGUUACAGUACAUUAUUUCUCAGUGAGUACAGGUGUACAUGCAUUUUGAUUGGUCAGUUUAGUGGACCGUAUUUCACUGUAAAGCCUGCUAAAUUCAAAAUUUUAUUUGAGAUAUAAUAAAUAUCUUACUAACCUUAUUUUUUUUUGGUCUGUACUGUAAGUUAUGGAACCUUGGUUUUUUUUCAGUUGAAUUUGUGGCACUGUUGCACUUAGGGCAUAAAUUUAUGUGCAAAAAGUUUAGUCUACAACUUACAGUAUGGACCUUGAGCUUGAAAGAGGUACCAUCAUUUUGUCUCCAUUUUUUUGCCCAUGUUUCAGGAGGAGACGCUCUGCAUCAAAUGAAGACAGAAAAUCGAAAUCUCACUCAAAAUCUCGCAGUAAGAGCCGUUCACGCAGUCGAAGUGAAGAGAAAAUCACUAGAGAAAGGUGAGGGUGAAUCCUUUUCAUGAAACUUUUCUGUGUUGUACAGCAGUCCCUGGUUGUUUGGAGGGUGGUAAACACUAUUCACUGAUAAAUCUCUUUCCAGUGGAUGGCAAAGUAUAUUUUUCCUCACCUAUCCAAUGGUUAGCAAUCCAUCUUGUCUGUAUUUUGGGUUUGCAUUAUCUACCCUGUGAUCAACAAGGUCCAGAGUGUUAAUUUGACUUGUGCUACUGUAUGUGGCUUGUAUUUCACAAUGAUGUACAUGUAGGUUUGAAGAGUUACUAUUGUAAAUGCAAAAAGUCUUCUUUCUGGGGUAAACUUGUUUAGGGUCAGAAAGGUUAUUGAGCUGUUUUUAAUUUCAGAAGUGCAAGUCCUGGUCCUGACAGAAAACAAGAACAAGAGAAAGAAGACUAUAAAAGAAGGGAAGAAACAGGGAGACAAGCUGAAGAAGACAGGCCAAGGGCGGAGGAGGAGAGGGAGCAAAAGUCUCGCAGUGCCUCACCUAGGCCAAAUGACACUGACAGCCACUUUAAUGAUGACAAUGUGGAAUAACAGUGUGGCUUCUCUCACUUACAGUGUUGUCCAGUUAUUUCAGUAUUUGUAGAUAUUCUUCUAAAGUCUGUAGCUUUUAAUCAAGAAAUAUUAUUGCUUGAAGAUUCAGCUGUAGCUAUGGUUUUCCUUGUCUAGAUUAGCCUGUUGGGGAAUAUUGAAGGAAUUCUGGGUCAAAAUGUAGCUGUUGGAUUGGGUAGGGUGCAAGUGGGUCCAUGUUGUGGUAACAGGUCAGGCUGUUUGGUGUGAGGCAGGCCCUUUUGUCACCUUAGAUUCUUUGAUAACCUAAGGCUGGUAUGGUGGUGUUAAUUAUCUCAAAAAUUUUUUUAUCAUUAGAAGUAGUAAUGGUAUCACUCGCAUCGUUCUUUAUUACAUACUUUUUCUGUUACCUGUCUACAGUGUUUAUUAUGGUUAGUAUAUUGUGUGAGUUUGUAAGAGAAAAGUUAAGACCUAUUUGAAAUCUAUGCAAAUUAAGUCAAACCACCAAAUUCAAUUGUUAAUGUCAUUGGAAAUUUAGUACUGUUAUAAAAUACCUGAGUUUUACUUCUAUUGCUUGUGUGUGCCUUUGUAGCAGUUUAUUGUCUCAUAACUAAUUACUUGUUUAGUGAAAUGGGAUUCCUUUGGUUUCCAUUGCAAGUUGCCAGCUGCUCAGGCACUUACAAUUUUGAAGGGAUACAUUGUUUUCCAGUGGUUUCAAAAUGUUUGUAAGUAGGUGACCAUGAAAAGUCCAUUGAAAAGUAAUUAUUUUGAGCAGAGUAACCAGCGACAUGUUGGUGAGUAGCCAGCAGAAUUCUGGUGGUCACUGGCUUGUUUUGGAACCCCUGGUUUUUUUCCUCAUUACCUGUACAGUAUUUAUAAUCUUUUAAUAGCACUUUUUUGGGAACAAAAUUGCUUUCAGUAAAGUAUUUUGAUUUCACUGAGAUGGUUCUUUUUCCACUUUCUUAUUGUUUUACACUUGCUUAUUAGCUUAGGCAUAUCUUUGCAAUGAAGUCAGUAGUUGCACUCCAUAUUUUGGGGCAGCAUCAGUAUCUGUAUUCUUCAUACUGUUCUCCAUAUUUUUCCUUUGGUACAGGCCAGGGGAAUUUAUUUGAUACUCAAUCUUUUAGUUGGUGAUCAUUUCUUUUAUUCUCAUCACCUUAAUGUUUAAUUUGGCAGUGGUACAGGAGAAAUAAGAUUUUGGUCACUCGUGGGAGUUAGGGCUAAAAACUUAUGCUUUUAGUACAUCUAUACUUGCACACUUUGUAAUUAAAUUACUUCAUG